CUUUUUUAUUUGCUGUAAACCGAGCACACUCACAGGGAGACGUGGAGGACAGGAUUUAGCAGGAAGGGGUAAAGUUAUUGUGCUGCAACAAGCCACGGGUUCGUUUUAUAGCAAGAGGUUUGAAAAUAGACGAGAUAUGGAUGGAUAGUUUAAACGGAGAGGAAGAUGUUUUUUUGUCAAAUUGAAAAAGCUUCGCCACUGGCAGGGGAAAUAGAUUUAUUGUCUUGUUUUUCAAAGCCAUCAAGUACAUAUCUGGAAUAUGAACUUUACAAAACGAGACAGACUGUAGAAGCCUGAGCUAAGGUCUGUGUGUAUAAACUGUUAUUCUGGACGGAAUUUAAAGCUGGAAAACAAGGGUACAGAAGAGGAAAUCAACUCGUGUAUUGUGAAUUAUUAUUUUUUUGUUUGUUUGUUUUAAAUUCGGGAGCCGUCAAGCUGAUUGGUCAGUCCAAGUACGACUACUGUAAUACAGUGAAAUAUCAAUCGCCAGAGGAAACUACAAUACGGACUAUUCUGCAAAGGAAAUGUUUUAAGUUUUGUGUUUUUUACCGUAACAAAUUGAACUGCACACUGACUUGACUAUGACAGGUUAUGUUUACCGCACUCGUUUUGUUUUGCUUUAAAACAGCUAGUAGUACUAGAAUCCAUUCUUUUGGAGCGGUGUAUUUAACAUUUAUUUUCUUUAAAACGCGAAGCCAUUCUAUUUGUUUGGUUCCGUUGUUGGUCCUGUUUUGUAAAUGUAUUUAAGUGUAUUUAUUUCCGUGAGAAAACUAAUCAGUGGGCUUGUGAAUCCACGCUUUUCAGAUUUAUUUUAAUUUAUAUAUAUAUAUAUAUAUAUAUAUAUAUAUAUAUAUAUAUAUCCAAAACUUUUUUUAACGAUGAUGGCUGGCGGUGGGGUCUCACCCUCUGGCGGGGCGUCUCCGUUGUGGUAUCACCGGGAUCUGAGCCGAGCUGCGGCCGAGGAGCUAUUGGCCCGGGCCGGUCGGGAUGGAAGCUUCCUAGUUCGGGACAGCGAAAGUGUCAACGGCGCCUACGCCCUCUGCGUCCUGUACCAGAAACACGUGCACACCUACAGGGUUCUCCCAGACGAAGAGGAUUACCUAGCAGUCCAGACAUCGCAGGGUGUUCAAGUGAAGCGCUGCAAGACACUGCCGGAGCUGAUCCAGCUGUACCUGCAGCCCAGCCAGGGCCUGGUCAGCACACUGCUGUACCCCGUGGAACGGGAGAAGGAGAGCCCAGACGACCGCGACUACUCUGACGGAGAGGACGAUAAGCCGCCCCUCCCACCUCGCACUGCCUCAACCAGCAACCCCUCCUCCUCAAACUCUGCCCUCGUUCCUGCAGGACAGGACAGCCAAACAGACCGCAGUGCUGCCAAUGGCCUGAGCACAGUGUCGCACGACUAUCUGAAAGGCAGCUAUGCACUGGAUCUGGAAGCGGUGAAGCAGGGGGCCAGCAACCUGCCCCACCUCAAGACAACACUGGUUACCUCCUGCAAGCGACUUCAUGGGGAGGUGGAUAAGGUCCUAAACGGUCUAGAGAUCUUGUCCAAGGUGUUUGACCAGCAAAGCUCCCUCAUGGUCUCUCGGAUGAUACAGCAGUCGGGCAGUCAGGGAGGAGACCAGGAGCUGGAUAACCUCGUCACAAAGCUUUCCAUCCUCAAAGACCUCUUGUCUUCCAUUGAGAAGAAGGCCCUGAAAGCACUUCAAGAUAUGAGUGCCACAGGACUCCCUCUACCUAUCAUGCCUUCCACGCGCCACAGCAAAUCCAUCCCUGUACAAGCCUUUGAGGUGAAGCUGGAAGUGAACCUGGCAGACCUGACAAAGAUCGGGAAGUCUCAGAAGCACACGCUGAGCGUGGAUGUGGAGGGGGGAAAGCUGGUGGUGAUGAAGAAACUGAAGGACUCGCAGGAGGACUGGAACACCUUCACUCACGACAAGAUCCGUCAACUGAUAAAGUCCCAGCGGGUGCAGAAUAAGCUGGGGAUCGUGUUCGAGAAGGAGAAAGACAAAAUCCAGAGGAAAGACUUCAUCUUUGCCAGCGCUAAGAAAAGGGAAGCUUUUUGCCAGCUCUUGCAACUGAUGAAGAAUAAACAUUCCAAUCAGGAUGAGCCAGACAUGAUCUCCAUCUUCAUUGGAACCUGGAAUAUGGGCAGCAUCCCCUCUCAGAAGAACAUCAGCUCUUGGGUGCUGUCCAAGGGCCUGGGGAAGACGCUGGACGAGAUGACAGUCACCAUCCCACACGACAUCUACGUGUUCGGAACACAGGAGAACUCUGUGUGCGACAAGGAGUGGGUAGAGUUCCUGCGGGGGGCGCUCAGAGACUGCACAGAGAUCGAUUUUAAACUGAUUGCCACUCAGACUCUUUGGAACAUUAAGAUUGCUGUGCUAGUUAAACCAGAGCAUGAGAACCGAAUCACCCACGUGGGCAUGUCCAGUGUGAAGACGGGCAUUGCCAACACGCUGGGUAAUAAAGGGGCGGUUGGGGUUUCUUUCUUCUUCAACGGCACCUCCUUUGGGUUUGUGAACUGCCACCUCACCUCUGGAAAUGAGAAGACAGCAAGACGGAACCAGAACUACCUGGAUAUCCUGCGGCUGCUCUCCCUGGGAGACAAGCAGCUGAACUCCUUUGAUAUCUCGCUCCGAUUCACACACCUCUUCUGGUUUGGGGACCUCAACUACAGGCUGGACAUGGAUAUCCAGGAUAUCCUAAACUACAUCAACAGGAAGGAAUUCGAGCCGCUUUUGAAAGUGGAUCAGCUGAAUUUGGAGAGAGAGAAAAACAAGGUGUUUCUGCGGUUUGCUGAAGAUGAAAUCUCUUAUCCCCCGACCUAUCGCUAUGAGAGGGGCUCCAGGGACUCCUACGUGUGGCAGAAACAGAAGCCGACUGGGAUGAGGACCAAUGUUCCCUCAUGGUGUGAUCGGAUUUUGUGGAAGUCCUACCCAGAGACGCACAUUGUGUGCAACUCGUAUGGCUGCACUGAUGAUAUUGUCACGAGCGACCAUUCUCCGGUGUUUGGGACUUUUGAAGUGGGGGUGACAUCCCAGUUUGUCUCCAAGAAAGGGCUGCACAAGUCUGCUGAGCAGGCCUAUGUUGAGUUUGAGAGCAUUGAAGCCAUUGUGAAGACUGCUAGCCGCACCAAGUUCUUCAUCGAGUUCUACUCCACCUGCCUGGAAGAGUUUAAGAAGAGUUACGAGAAUGACAGUCAGAGCAGUGAUAAUGUUAACUUCCUGAAGGUGGGAUGGUCGUCCAAGCAGCUGACAACGCUGAAGCCAAUACUAUCAGAAAUUGAGUACCUGCAGGACCAACACUUGCUGCUUACGGUCAAAUCACUUGAUGGAUAUGAGUCCUAUGGGGAGUGUGUGAUUGCUCUCAAGUCUAUGAUUGGCAGCACCGCCCAGAUGUUCCACACCUACCUGUCUCACCGCGGGGAGGAGACGGGCAACAUUCGCGGCUCCAUGAGGGUGCGGGUGCCAUCUGAGAGAAUGGGCACACGGGAGAGACUCUAUGAAUGGAUCAGCGUUGAUAAAGAUGAGACCGGAGGGCUAAAGGGAAAACAGUCUACAUGCCCCCGUGUCAACCACGAUUACGUCAAGCCGACUGCCCGCAAGCCAGUGCAGGGCGAGCCGUUGGGGAAGGUGUUUGAGGAGAGUGAGCGGAACCAGACUCACCUUACCGGACGCACCAGCUUCCCCCUGCCCUCCACACCCAAGGAGGAGACCAUGCAGACAAGGCCCAAGCAGGACUCCUUAGACGGGGACCCCUCCAGCAGCAAGAACAGCUACAAUAACCCUGCCUACUACAUCCUGGAGGGCGUGCCAAACCCGGCUGCUGCAAUGUCACCCGAAUCCAUGCCAGGCUCUGCUCUCCCUCCUGUAGCCAGCAAGGGGCCAGCAGCGCCUGGCAAGAACAAGACCCCUGCGGGUGGUGCAGCUCAACAGCGCAGGCAGACCAGUGGGUGCACCGGCCGCCUGAAGAGUGAGGAAGGGUCCUCAGAAGAAGAUGGGACUCCGGCAGCACUGGGUAGCGGGGGCACACUGAACCGGCCUCCCCCAGACUUCCCGCCCCCUCCCCUCCCAAAAACAGCAAUGGACAUGACUGAGAACCCCUUUUAUGCUUCCAGCAAGGAAGUCAAAAUGAGAAGCAUCUACCCGGAUCUUGCAGACGUCCGGAUUCCAGCUCACUCCAAACCUCUGCCCUCGCCAGGUUAUCUGCCCUCUGCGUCCACUGUGGGAGGCGGAGCGGGAGCCUUUUGUCUGGACCCUCCGCCCUCCUUGAGCUCCGGAGGCUUCCGGAGGGGUGGGGGCAGCACCGGUCUGGAUGACCAGUCCUGCUCCGUACUCCAGAUGGCCAAGUCCAUGAGCGAGGUGGAAUAUCAGCCCAGUCGGGACAGGAACCCUCCCUUACCCCUAAAGGGCAUGGCACCCCCAUCCCUCCGCGGCAUGGUGCUGCCUGAUUCCUGCCGCACCUUCCCACCCCACGCCAUCCGAGAGAGCAUUGAAGAGGUGCUGUCUGAAGAGGUGUCCUGGCAGGGUGGCAGCAGCAGUUCCAGCCUAUCGUUCGAGUCGAGCGUUGGGGACUGGCUCCGUCGGCUGGGCUUGGAGCGCUACGAGGAGGGGCUGCUGCACAACGGCUGGGACGACCUGGACUUUCUAAGUGACAUCACAGAGGAGGACCUAGAAGAGGCAGGUGUUAAUGAUCCGGCUCACAAGAAAAUUAUCCUGGAAAACCUGAAACUGCAGAAAUAACUAACCCCCCCUGCCUUUGAGAGGCCCUACAGACACCUUGCCCUGUCGUGCCUUCAAAAAAAAAAAAUUGCACUGUAAUUUUUUGAUGAACAUUUUAGUCAUUAAACAUAUCCUAAUUCUUGUUCUUAUUUAAAUGACAUCCUGUUGAAACUUUAUAAUGUAUAAAUAACAAAGCACUCUGCAAAAGAUACUGAUGACUCAGUGGCUUGUGCCAUUGAAAACCUAUGCUAUGCCUAGGAGGUCUGUGUUGUUGCUUUUGCAACAUUAUUUAAAGGGAAAGGUUCAAACCAAAAAAGCCCUGGCACAGAGUGACUCUCUCGGGCGUGUCAGAUUUUGUAUUGUGCAGCCCUGUUUCCAGUCUCUCCUCUUCCUCUAACGCAGCCUUUCAGUAGUUAACGGUUAGCUGCGAUAAGAUGAGUGACUGGGGUAUUUGCAGGCCCUUCCACAGCCACACGUGCAUAUCUUGAGUCACCAUGGCAACAUCCCUGGGAUUAGCCAAUGCACGCCCCCUCCACAGGCCACAUUUAUCUACACUGUGUUCUACUACUCCCCUGGGAGGGGCAGUGAAAGGUCUGUAAAACAGAGGGCUUCGGUAUUGCUGUAAGAUUUAAUAGGAGAAAUGUAAUUCGUUGGUGUGCUGAGAACAUGUUUUUUAUUUGAUUUGUGCUUUUCUCCCUCAGUGCAGCUUGACAGGACUUUGUAAUCGUACUGUAUAGUUAAAGUGCCGUUCACAGUAGCUGGAUCAGUGCAACCUUUUGUGAGUGGCUGUCCAUACCGUAACAUUUCAAUAACUUAAUUUAUUUAUUUUGCCAGGAUGUUUAUGCUGAAUUCAGGGCAGGUACAAAGUGGCAGACUGAUAACACUGCAAAAUAAAGACAGUUUUUUUUUUUUUCGAUGAAGCCUGCAGAUUCAACAGAGCACACUCCAGUGUUAAAUACUAAUAGAGGGAAAAUAAAUGAGAGCCUAUGCGACAGUAUGUGACCUGUGUUUUCAUUAGCCAGCAGGGGGUGCUGUAGAGCUGUUAAUGCAAUUGCAAACCCAGUCUCCUUCCUGGUCUCUAACCACAUGGUGUGACUUGUGCACUGCCUCUAGUUUGGGUGGAGGGGUGCCACUUUGCAACACAUGCACUGUUGUUACAAUAUAAGCAACAGUAAAAGGGAGGAAAUGGAGGAUAAUCCAGUCCUGUAAAGAAGUGUAUUUGUGUGUUCAAUGUUACCUGAGAAUAACUAAUUUACGAAAUACAGUGGGGUUUAUUUUUUAAUAAACGUGUUACUGUU